AUGGAAAGGGAAAAAUUGCUGUACGAAAAAAUAUACCCCGCGAUUAAUGCACACAGAUUUCACUUCAAUCGAUUAUCCACUGAGAAAAAUAUCAAAUCGAUUGUUGACGAGAAAAAAUUAAAAGAUAGUCACCAUGUGGUCAUACUUAGCAGUAACUUCCAGACGAGAACAACCAAGGCAGACGAUAGCCAAAGGAUGGCAAACAUUCUGCACUUGUCAGAAAAAGGAAAGUUAUUUGUUUCUUUUAUUUUUCUGUGGAAGGAAAAAGAGUUGGAAGAUAGAGCUCAAUGCUUAACUCAAUUGUCCAAAACUGCAGUUAUGCAAACGUUAGAUUUUUAUCAUAUUAAGUUUAACAUAAACGGAGCGGAUGGGAUGCCAACUGCGGAUAAGCACAUUGGCGGAUGUUUCGUGGACGUCCAUUUUGUGAAAAGAGAAACGGAAGUCUCUACCCCAAUUUGCUCUUCUUCGUCAGGAGAUCACCGAUCAGUCUACAUCGUAACGGACAUAGAGAUUGAUGCCGAUUUGCUACGGCCUCUAAAUGAUCAGAACGACAGCAAUCAAUCCAACAUGAGAAAGUUAACACAGGGCGUAAGUUAUCAUGCCACUACCCCACCGAUGGUAGAAGGCGUUAUUGAAAAACUGAUAGAAAAAUUCUGCGCCCUUAUGAAUGAACUCCUCCUCUGA